AUGCGUCUCUCAAACAUUCUCAUCGUUGCAGUCGCUAUCGGUGCUGCAGCUUUCGCCAAUGCUGCUCCAGUCAAUGCAGUUGCAGAUGCAGACCUUGGUUGCGCGGACGAUAAUCUUAAUCCACAUCUCAGUCCUGAAGUUUCAGCUGAAAGCGAAGUUGCUGCUCGUGAUUUCAAGCCAGUCACCAACAAAGUUGUUCGUGAUAUCAAGAAUGCCGGCAAAGUGAACCGCCGCGGCGGCGCAGAAGACAAAAAGUCUGAUCUCCAACGUCAAUUCACAGAUGAUUGGGGUAAUAACGGAGUUGGCUAUCAUGAUUUAUACAGUACCGAUGACUUUUACGUUCCAGACGGUAAGACAAAGAUUAAGAUUCAUGCCAGUGGAGACGUAUACGAUUCGUUCUACCUCCAAGACGCUUGGGAUUCCGACAACUAUGAAUACCUUUACCAACCUUAUGAUGGUGAAUUGUUUGAUUUCUAUUUGGACGGCAAUUGGUUCAACUUUGCUCAAGAUGAAGGUGACGACAAAAAGAAGGCCAGCUGA